AUGACUUAAAAAAUAUAUCAAAUUAUUAAAAAACAAAAGAUAAAAGAAAAAACAAAAUUAUAAGAAUAUAAAAAUGGGAGCCAACAAGACUCUUAACAUGAAAAAGAGGUUUGGUAGAAAGAUCAAGCAAAACAGACCUCUCCCCAACUGGUACAGAUAUAAGUCCGACACUAACAUUAGAUACAACUCCAAGAGAAGAAACUGGAGAAGAACAAAACUAAAAAUCUACUGAUUAAUUUAUAUUCAAACCAUAAUUAUGGAUAAUUAAAGUAGGAAUAUUGGGAUAAAACUUUAAAUAUAAUUUAAUUAUCUUGUUUAUUGUGCAUAGAAAAUUACAAGUUGUUUUAUACUAUUAUAACUAUUUAAAUUAUUAAAAACAAUUCUAUUUUAUUUCCUCUCACAACUUCAUCUAUCUAUCUAUUUAAUUAUCUUAGUCGAUGA